AUGCCCUUUGGGCUGAAGAACGCCGGGGCAACCUACCAAAGGCUGGUGAACAAAAUUUUCAAGGAGCAAAUCGGCAAGACUAUGGAGGUCUACGUAGAAGACAUGCCAGUCAAAGCUCUCGAGCGAGCAGACCACAUCGAGAAUCUUGUCGAGGCAUUCAGCCUACUCCGAAAAUACAACAUGAAGUUGAACCCGAGCAAAUGCACAUUUGGAGUCUCGUCUGGCCGAUUCCUUGGAUACUUAGUCACCCAAAGAGGAAUUAAGGCACAUCCAAAUCAAAUCAAGGUAGGGAGGCAGCUCUCAACCGCAUUAGCGAGCCUAGGAUCAGCACUGGACACCCAGUUCAGACGCUCCAUCCCAGUUGAACACCUUGACCGGCCAAGCAUCGAAGAAAUAGAGCCGAUCGACUCAAUGCAGAUUGAUGAGGACCCCAGCUGGCAAGACCCUAUCAUCGACUACUUAGUGAAUGGAAACCUGCCAAUGGAUAAGUCCGAAACUAGGAAGGUCCAGCAAAAGACCGCGAGAUACUAUAUGCACGGCAGCAAGCUCAUUCGUAGAUCAUACUCCGGCCCUCAUCUCACCUGCAUAAAGUACCCUCAAACACUUGAAGUCCUCUGCAAAAUUCAUGACGGCGAGUGUGUUAACGACUUAGGGGGCAGGUCACUCGCCCAGAAAACUCUAAACAUAGGCUAUUUCUGGCCUACCAUGCGCCACGACUCCGCUAAAUAUGUCAUUGACUUAGUAGGUCCUAUGUCAUCAGCCCCUACCAAGAAAGACAUGAUGAUCGUCACCACUGAUUACUUUACUAAAUGGAUUGAGGCCGAAGUUCUAUCCUCUACUAAAGAAGUUGUCUGGAAAAAUAUCAUCUGCCGGUUCGGCUGCCCACAAAAGUUGGUCACUGACAAUGGCUCACAGUUCAUUGGCAAGCAGAUCACCGCCUUCUUUGCGAAGUACAAGAUCAAACAACACCUGUCCACUCCAAGGUAUCCACAAGGAAAUGGCCAGGCCGAGGCAUCCAACAAAGUCAUAUUAGACUGCUUGAAGAAAAGGCUAGAAUGCGCCGAAGGGAAAUGGGUGGACGAACUCCCCGGAGUACUAUGGGCUUAUCGCACCACCAAACGGAGGUCGACUGGCGAAACCCCAUUUUCCCUUGCCUAUGGAACUGAAGCGAUCAUUCCUCCACACGUCAUUGUCCCCUCUAUAGGCAUUGAAGUCGGCAGUAUAGAGAAGAACUCCGAGCAGAUGAGACUCAACCUUGACUUACUUGAAGGCGAGCGCGAGAAGGCCAUUAUCCGAGUCGCCUCCUAUCAACAGCAGUUGAAGUCCUACUACGACAAAAGAGCUAAGAUCAGACAGUUUCAACCUGGCGACCUUGUGCUAAGAAAGGCCUUCAUCACUGCACAAAGACAAGGGUCUAAGAAAAUGAAACCCAAUUGGGAAGGCCCUUAUGUGAUCAGCCGGUCCGGGGGCAGAGGAAGUUACACGCUAGACACUAUGGAUGGGAAGGAAAUAACCACGGCAAUAGAAUGCCUACCAUCUCCGAAAGUAUUAUCCGUAAUGCUUCCUACUGACUGCUAG